AAUACAGCUUUUCACUUCUUGAUUGUUAAUUCAAAGUUGUUUUUCAGUGGAGUCAGACCUGAUCAAGACUGAUUUGUUCUCCCUCCUAUUAUUUACAUCUGAAGGGAGAACUAAGUUCAUUGCUAUUCGAGAAGUACAUGCGUCUUUCUGCCAGAUGACUAUGAGCUGUAGAAAUGAUGAAAGAACUGUAUGGGUUAAUAAUAGAACAAUAAUAAUGAAGUUAUAUGACACAUAUUCAGAAGUCAGAACUAUGACAGCAAAUACUGCAGUAAAAGAGAAAGAAAACCCUUACCGCCAGUUGUAAAGAGUUCACUCUGCACAAAUCGCUAUCAAAAUAAGGGUUUCUCAGGUGUACAGUUUGCUUUAGUAAGGAGAGUAGUAAAAAUCAUAGUGUGCCUUCAAUGAUAUUUUUAAAAUGAAGAAGAAUGACCUUCUACAUAUUGGGGAAAAAAAAAAGCAAAACCAACAACCAGAUAAUUUUGGACCAGUUCUAUUUGUAAAUUUGGACCUGAUAUCUAUCUUUAGCUAUUGCAGAGUCACGUAUUGUAGUCAUCCUGAGACUGUUCCUGAGGUUUGCAGCAACCAAACACAUACACAGAAGUGACUGUGGAACCAUAUCAUAGAACAAUUUAAUUUCGUUGGGGUCUUUUGAUGCAUAAAAACUGAGCUCAGACAGACGGGCACCAGAAGGAAGUCUUGUAACACAGUGCACUCUUUCAUACUGCAUUUGUUGUCUCUUAAUAGGCAGGGAGAGAGACUAUUUGUGUGAAGUUUUUUUUAAUAGUUCAGAAAUAAGUAUAAAAUAGCCAUCUGUAGGGAAGUUAUUGUAGGAAAGUGCUGUCAUCAAGUUGCUCUACAAAAAGUGAAAUUAUACAUGCUAUGAGGAUCCCUAAGUGAAGCUUUAUGCUGGAGAUUCAGCUCUUACUCAUAGAGGAAAUCUGAUCUGCUACAGCACGGAAACAUCAGCGAUGACCAUGGCGAGACAAAUUCCUUAGGGAUCUGCCUAUUAGGCACGGGAAAGCUGAAAGCCGAUGUUUUAAAAUGGUCCUGCAGCAAAGUUACUCUUGCAGAGAAUCUAUGCAAGCUCUACUGAUUUGAAUCCUGUUGGAAACAUGAAAUUGAAAGAAAUCAACUCAUAAAAUGUUUUUAAGCCAAGUGUUCAUGAUAGGAUCGGUCUGGCUUUUAAGGAUCAAGAACCCCAUUGUGAAUAAUGUUUAAAAACAUAUCCCACCUGGACGCCGAAACACUGGCAAUGCUCCAGAAUAAAGCUAUCUCCAUCACUCUCCCAGUUGUGUAUACACUGGUGGCUGUUGUCAGCAUCCCUGGCAACUUGUUCUCCCUUUGGGUGCUCUGCUGGCACAUCAAACCCAAAACACCUUCUGUUAUCUUCAUGAUCAACCUAAGCAUCACGGAUCUCAUGCUGGCCAGCUGCUUUCCCUUCCAGAUUACUUAUCACAUCCAAAGAAAUCACUGGAGCUUUGGCAAGACCCUUUGCAGCCUCGUGACUGUGAUGUUCUACUCCAACAUGUAUUCUUCCAUACUGACCAUGACCUGCAUCAGCAUCGAGCGAUACAUGGGUGUGGUUUAUCCCAUGAAGCUGAUCAAGUGGAGAAGAAAAAGAUAUGCCCUGGCUACCUGCCUAGGUAUGUGGAUUCUCUUGUUACUAGCCUUCUACCCACUGGAAAGCACAGAUCUGACCUAUGAAGUGAAAGAACUUGGGAUUAUAACCUGUUUUGACGUCCUCAAAUGGGAUAUGCUGCCCAACUUCCCAGCCUGGGUAGCCUUUCUCCUCGCACUAUUUGUUGUGCUCUUCCUGAUCCCUUUUGUUGUAACAGUUGGGUGCUAUAUUGGCAUCAUUCGAAAGCUUAUUCAGACAUCGAACAGAUAUGGUAACAGGCAGAAGACUAGAUCCAUAUACCUGGCAAUGAUAGUCCUUCUGGUAUUCGUCACUUGCUUUGCCCCCAACAACUUUAUCCUACUUGUACAUAUGAUCAUCCGCCUGUUUUAUGGCAGGAGUUUGUACCCUGCCUACAAGCUCACCUUGUGCCUCAGUUGUCUCAACAACUGCAUCGACCCCUUCAUUUAUUAUUUUGCAUCCAAAGAAUUUUACCAGAAGUUCAUGCAAGUUUUUCGCCCUAAGGUACUGCUCAGUGACAGUUUGGAAACCAGAAGGGAAAGCUUAUUCUCUGGCAGGACCAUGUCAGCCAGAUCAAUGUCAAGUGGACCUAUGGAUGGGUUAGAGGGAGUAAAGGUCUAUUUGCAAAGGCAGGAAAGUGUUUUUUAGCCUUAGACAUGUCCAGAAGAACCUGUGACAUCCAUGAGCAGACACAGAAAAUGUUUCUUUUUGAAUGGCUACCCUCAAAAUACCUUGGUCCAGUGACAGAACUCAAGCCAUGCUCAUACUGCUCAACCUACUUCAGUAUUUUCUGUUGAGAAAUGGAAGUGUUAAAAGGAACUGAGUUUAUUCAAAAAGCCACUGAAGCAAACCCAACAUUGAUAAGUAGGGCCUGGCCUGGAAUUAGUUCAACUGCAUGAAAGCAAGGGAUAAGUUUAGAAUAAAAAUUACCUUCAGGUUGUAUGAUCUCAGUAUCUAACCAAAGGCUUGUGAUUCUCAGAGAAUGUGAAAUAUUACUGUAUAUGAAUUAGAGGAUACACUGAAGCUGGAUUUGGAGUAGGGGAAUUAUUUUUCUAAGCAACAUGCUGGGAGGUUUUUGUGGGUUUUUUUUGUUGUUGUUUUGGUCUGGUUUGGUUUGGUUUUUGGUUUUUGGUUUUAUGUAUUGCUUUUUCGCUUUUUGUAUUUCUAUUAAAGAAUGUACAAAAAUAGCUUGUCAUUUUACCAUUAACGCAUAACGCAUAGCCACUGUGAAUUCACCACAACACUCACCCAACUGUUUAUCACAACCAAACCACACUAACCUUUGAAAAGGUUAGGUUGACUCAUGUUAUUUAUUUCAAUUUUAUACAGCAAAAUAUCUCAUGCAAUAAAAGGAAAGCUAGAAUUAUAAAUAUUUAAGACUACUUCAGCUGCUGAUAUUUUCAUUUCUUGAAGUUAAUUUCUCAGGACAGUGAGGAGCAGUUGAAAACACAUUUUCUCACAUUGACCUGCUACAGUAAUAAUGCUGCUGCUUGUAUGUGGUUGGUAUGAACAAGUCAUAUUCACCAAUUCAGUAUAGCCUAUACACAGAAGCACCAUCAGCCUCAGCAGAGAAUUUAGCUUUAUAUAGCGCAUGGACAACUAGUCUAUCUUCCUUACGGUGGUGGUGUGGAUUGUUAACCAGAUUUUCAGCUCAAUGUAUGAGGAUUUUACCACAGAUUGGAGUGAUUCUGUGACAGCAGAAACCAUCUGAAAACCUGUCCCUAUGGCCAGACGUCAGAAAUGUUCUUCUGUCAAGCAGGCAAACAGAAAAAAAGAAGAAAAAAUGAAAGCAAUGCUUAAGAAUGGAAGAUGUAACAAAUACCUGGUAAUAUGCUAUGGCAGGUUGAUUGUGCAGUCCUGUGUCUGAGACUCCUCUCUGAAAUAUCCUUCUCCAGGUUGUCUGCAUUUACUGUGCCAUGUUUUAAUUCUUCUCACAUCUCACCAACAGGCUGUGUGCUUGGAAUGACAGCUGCUACAGGACAUGUACUGGGGACAAAAUUUUUCCCGUAGUAUUUUCAGCUUUAUUACCCACCUUUGGCCCUCACUGACAGUGAAGAGCCAAAAAACACCUGAGAGAGCCAGACAAGUUCCCCCUCUCAAGCAAGGCAAAGCUAUACCAUAACCUUUUUCUGUACUGCUGCUCUAUCCAAUGCUGAGUAGGAGGCUGUCUUCAACAUCUUGUAUAGCUGGUUCAGACACCACAAGCUAAGCUAUACUGAUUCCUGAGCUACUGUGCCUAAGUAAAACACAACACCCAAGGCCCUUAAAAUCUGUCUUUUUUCUUUGUGUAUGACAUGACCAAAAUGCAAGUUUCCACCACUAAUCACCACAAAUUUCUUCAGGAUACAGGUGGAAUCAACUCCAAGAUAUUUGUAAGUCCUAUCUUCUGCAAAAGUACUGCCAGUUAUUUGGGCAGGAUAAAUGUCAGUGGACAUAGAAGAGUACUACCUUUGAAAAGCCAUCUGAAGUGUUUUGUGGCAUCUCACAGUAUUGGUUUUAAUUGAUCUGCACAUUUUCUGCUGACAGAGCCAACCUUAGUGAUAAAUAAUUUGUCCAAGCCUUCUUAGCAAGUUGCCUGGAAGCUACCUUGCACUACCAGUGUGCUGGGUGCAUAUGUGUGAUGAGAUGGGCUUGCUACUUUAAAUCACCUCAUGUAUGCUGAAGGAGAGGAGCCCAUCGAAUAUGUUCCUAUGCGAGUCCAGGGCUCCGAGCUCCUGUGUCAGCUCUAGCACCUGCUCCAAAAUGCCUGAUUGUGCCAGGUCCUCCAAAGAAAGAACAAUGGCUCUUCCUAAGCCGUCCCACAUCCACCAGGCAGAAAAGCAGUUAGUUCAUUUAUGUUUUGCAAACCUGUGUUUAAGUUUGUGAUUUCACCUUGCUGUUGAAGUCCCUUCAUCAUCCACUGUCACAGAAUUCUAGCUUUCUCACUACCAAAACUGUUUUCAGCAUUUUGCUGUGGCUGAAACUUUUUUGAAGGUUAUACUGAAAUCUCUCUCCUUUUUUUUUUUUUUUAAACACACAAGUAUUUUUACAAUGAAAACCAUUACUUGUAGCUCUAAUGCAGAUUUUCACUUUGUUUUAUCCUGAACACAAUCCUCAAGUGGUAAGUGCCUCCUAAAAUGUGAUGCAAUGUGUCUGAACUGUAACUGACACCAAAUAGAACCAAAAGGACAGAAACUUUGCACUCUGAACAUCAACUGCUGUAUUUUGAAAAAUACUGAAUUGCUCCUUUUGCAAGAGAGAAAAGAUGCUCAUAACUGACCGAAAAUGCUCUUCUCUCCAGCCUCACACAGCUCGUCAUAGCACUCCAUCCCUCUUCUGAUUUUGUCUAAAAAGGAAGGAUGCCUCCUUCAGGUACCUCUUCAUGCCAUUUUACUAACUAGCCUCUAGCUGGCUCAGAUUAGGCAAAAUUCCCAUUUGGGUCAGUGGGAUUGAUCCUUGAGAAAGGAAUACAGAAAUUAAUCCAAUGAUUGAAAUAUUUUGAAUCUGACAGUGUAUACUGUGAAGUUUUAGAGUGAUUUUUUAGAGAGGAGCAGAAGAAAUUAUUAAACCAGCCCAAUAUACUCUUCUUUGACAAUGGAAAUAUGUCCUUCUGGGGCAUGAUGAUGUAGCAAGACUUCUACCCUCCUUAGUCAGUGGGUAUGAGUUGACAUAUAUAUAAAAAUAUAUACACAUAAAUAUAGAAUGUCAUUUGAUAGGUUAUCAAGAACUUCAUGUCUAUAUUGCCUUUGGUUUGGGGAAUACAGAUCCUGGGAAACAUGCUUACUUGAUUGCUUCUGUGGUUAAUGUAAUUUUACUGAGAAGACAUGAAUGUAUAGGCUUCUGUUUGGUUUUGAGUUUUGAUUUUCUGUGCCUUUUUUUUUUUUAAUUAUUGUUUAGCAAUUUAAUCUAUGAAUGUACUUGGUAUUUUUGUAUAUAUAAUAAUAAUUAAAAACCAAACAAAAA